GCACACCCCCUCCGGGGGAUGAACCCUCAACCAAGGUACAUGCCCUUGACUGGAAUCGAACCUGGGACCAUUCAGUCCGCAGGCCAACACUCCAUCCACUGAGCCAACCCAGUUAGGGCUGUAGCUCACUUUAAUAUAGGGAAUCAUGGGCAGGAUAAUAAUGGUCUUAGUAGUUCAGAAAGGACAAUGUGAGUCUGAGGACUGGGUUUCCUGCUGGGGCCCCCACCUGUGGGGAGUUGGGUGUCACAACACAGCACAGGGACAGAGUGGUCAUGUAGAGAGAUGGGGAUGGAUAAUGGUUUCCCAGUGGCCAAGGCCUUUAAAAGAUGAGUGGACGUGAGAUGAAUUGGAGGCUGGAGAGUAAUUCAAACAGGAUGAGGCUAGGGCUAGUACAGAGUUGCUUCUCUAAACUUACCAGGAUUUUGCUGUGACCCUUGGUUUGGCCUGGGGGUUGCAGACAGGAUUGACUUAGAAGCAUGAGUGGUCAUCUGUGAGACUCACUGCGCAUGUGGUAGAGGGCCAUGGGCGAUGGGACUUGAGUGAGGAAGGCUGUGACUGGUGAGUGCAGCUCCUGUAGAGGUGGGCUCUGGAUUUCUGGGAUCUGAUGAUGUUUUCAAUAGGUGAGGUGGAAGGAAAAUACACUCAUGGAGAGAGGCCUUCAGACAGGACUCAAGGCUGCCUCUCUGAGUGUGGACUAUCAGAGUGGGUGUAGUACUUCAUCCAGCUUGAAUUGGCCAGGCAUUCUGUGGACCACACAUGCUGAGUCAUAAGUAAAAGGCCAAGGAGAUGACUAUGGGGGCUGUGGCUGAGGGUGGGGGAGUGCAGGAGUGAGAGAGGUGUGGUAGGAAGAGUGAUGUGCCCUUUGAGAGGGCAUGUGGAUUCAUGGCUGCAGGGCCCUGACAUGGACAUAAGAGGGAAGGAAGGUUGAGUCCAGUUCUAGUGGUGUCUGGAUAAUAUAUGGUCAAUUUCAGAUUAAUUCCUGAAAAGAGGUGUGUUGUGGUGCUACAUUUUUGGUCCAGAGCUUAGGUGUCAUAUAUGUGCACACCUGCCUGCUGUUGUUGAGGGCUGGUACAGUGAUCAGUAGGAAAGUAGCGUACAUCACUCACCAGGAGUUGAAAAUCUCCCCUAGAUGGACAAGAUAGAGGGUAAGAGAGAAACACGUUACAGAGGAGGUGAACUAUGAUUUUGGAAAAGAUGUUGGUUAGGAAACCACCGUCCUCAUGAUGGCAUAUUUGUGUUAUGUGUGACGUUGUGCCUCUGAGGAGAAGCUGUGUGGGAGAAGUGUGGUUCAAGAAUCAUGUGGAGCAGGUAGUGCAAAGUGAUGGCCUCCGCACCCUGGGAUUGGGGUUGAAAGGGUGAAGUGUGAACCUAUGGUUUCUGGUGUCUUGCAGGGACAGUCUGGGGGACUGCAAGGAUAUUGCCUAACGACCAGCGUCGAAUCACUCACACUCCCUUUAUGGCCAACGUUUAUCCCUCCCCUUGUUGGUCACACCCGCGGUAAUGGACAAGAGACAUUGUGGCCUUUGGCCUAAUGUGAGGCCCAGGUUGAGGUAUAAUCUCCCUUGUCAUUGGUCUUUAUUGUUGGGGGAAGACACAGUAUCAGUAGGACUAUAAGGAGAGGGUUUCCUUAGUGAGAUCAAGGCCUGGUAUUAUUCUGAUGUAGGUGGUAGAGGGAGAGGAUGGAUGUGGAGGGUGGGGAGUAUGACCAUAAAAUCCUAGGAGAGAAGCUGACCAUGGACUGAACUGUCCCCCUUAUGACAGGAUAUGAACUUUGAGGACGUGGCCAUUGCCUUCUCUCAGGAGGAGUGGGGGCUCCUUGAUGAGGCUCAGAGACUUCUGUACUGCGAUGUGAUGCUGGAAGUGUUUGCACUUGUCUCAUCUAUAGAUUGUUGGCAUAAAAUGGAUAAUGAGGAGGCCUGUUCUGAGCAGAGUGAAUCUGUACAAGGAGAGUCACAGGUCAGGGCUUCUGAGACAGAGCCAGCAGCCCAGAGGACCCAUGUGUGUAAGUGCUGUGUCUCUGUGUUAAAAGACAUUCUGCACCUGACUGAGUCACAAGCAGCAGACUUUGAGCAGAAAGCCUUCUUCAGGGACGCAUGUGUGAGAGACUUCUGUUUCAGUGCAAAUCCUCACCUGCAACAGAGGGAAGCCAGGGGAGAGAAGCCCUGGAAAGAAACUGUGGACAGGGCCUCGUUUGUGACCAGAUGCAGCUUCUACUUAUCUUGGGUGCUUUCAACCAGUAGGGAGGUUGGGGAAGACUUGCCCACGAUCUCAGACCUUCUCCAGCACCAGGCCCCUCUCAACACUGGAGAGCCACACAGUGGCAGUGAGAUUUCACAGGAAUUUCUCAGUGGAAAUAGUCAUUAUGAUUGGGGUGAAUGUGACAAAGCUGCCAGCCACAACCAGAAAGUUGUUCAGCAUCAGGGUAACUGCUCUGAAGAAGUAAAUUAUGUGUGUAGCGAAUGUGGGAACGUGUUUAGAGGAAUUUUUAACCUUACGCAACAUAAGAGAGUUCACACUGGAGAAAAGCCCUAUGAGUGUAGUGAAAGUGGGAAGUCAUUCAGGCAAACCUCUGCUGUCAUUGAACAUCAGAGGGUUCACACUGGAGAAAAAACCUAUGAGUGUACUGUUUGUGGGAGGGCCUUCCGCAAAAGAUCUCACCUCAUCAAGCACCUCAGAAUUCACACUGGAGAAAAGCCCUAUGAGUGUAGUGAUUGCGGGAAAUGCUUCAGGGAAAGUAGUACUCUCAUUCAACACCAGAGAGUUCACACUGGAGAAAAGCCAUAUGAAUGUACUCUUUGUGGAAAGUCCUUCAUACAAAGGUCUAUCCUCACUAAACACUACAGAAUUCACACUGGAGAGAAGCCGUAUGAGUGCAGUGAUUGUGGGAAGUCAUUCAAGCAAAUCUCGGCUCUCAGUGUGCAUCAGAGAGUUCACACUGGAGAAAAGCCAUAUGAGUGUAGUGAUUGUGGAAAGUUCUUCAAUGUGAGCUCUGCUCUCAAUACACACCACAGAGUUCACACCGGAGAAAAGCCAUAUGAGUGUAGUGAUUGUGGCAAGUCAUUCAGGCAAAUCUCCCAUCUCAGAGAGCACCAGAGAGUUCACACUGGAGAAAAGCCAUAUGAGUGUAGUGAAUGUGGAAAGUUCUUCACUGAAAGCGCUGCUCUCAGUAAACACCACAGAGUUCACACUGGAGAAAAGCCACAUAAGUGUAGAGAUUGUGGGAAGUCAUUCAGGCGAAUCUCUAUUCUCACAGAGCACCGGAGAGUUCACACUGGAGAAAAGCCAUAUGUGUGUAGUGACUGUGGGAAGUCCUUCAGACAAAGUUCUACCUUGACACGGCACCGGAGAGUUCAUACUGGAGAAAAACCUUAUGAGUGUAGUGCAUGUGGGAAGUCUUUUAGGUACAACAGUCACCUCCUUUACCACAAGAGAGUUCAUACUCUAUAAAAGGCAUGUGAGUGUCAGGAUUGUGGGAAGUCCUACAAACAUAGGUGUACCCUCGUAUGACACCACAGAGGUCAUAUUGGAGAAAUGCCACAUCAGUGUACCUUCUUUUAUAAUAGAUUAGCUCAUAUUUUUCAUAAUUUUAUAGGCAGUAUAAGGUUUAUAAAUUUUAAACACUGGUUUCCUUCAUGUUACACAGGUGAUUUGAGAUUCAACACUAACAUUUAUGUGAAUAUGUAAUCUUUCUUUUUGCUGAGUAGUAUUGUGUUCAAUGGAUAACCACUUUGUCUAUUGAUCUGUCUGUGGUUUUGGUUAGUUCGACAUUUGGAGUUUUAUAAAUAAAUCUGCUGGGAAUAUUUGA